GUGGCGUCCCUAGGCUAAAAAACCCGGGGCUAAAGCCCCGAAUGUUUUUUCAUUAGCCCCGAAUGUUUUCAACCAAAAAAAAAAAAGAUUUGGUACACAAGUGGUUAACACCUCCAGGUCGCACGUGACGUCAUUCACCCAAAACAGCGGAGUCAGACUGGCAGCAGGCGCACGUAACAGCAGCUGCUGUCUGAGAGUGUUUCUAUGUCUACAAAUUUCGCUGCUUCACUCUUCUGGGCUAAGCCCAGCGCCGCCGCUCCCAUAACGCGCAUCGCUCUGCCGUGACACGCGCCACACAUCCGCGCACACAGAUGAACCACUGCUUCACAUUCAGCAAGGAAGACGAGCGGGACAGAGAGCUUCUGGGAGGAUUGGUCCUUGGUUUCCUGAACAAAGAGCUCCAGCCUUCCUGUCAGCUGGCCUGUCUAGAAACGGUUAGAAUCCUGUCCAGAGACAAACAUUGCCUGGAGCCAUUCAUCAGCCGCUCGGCCAUGUCCACUCUCGCCCGCUAUGCCGGCUUCGCUGUGGUCAACGCCGCCACACCUGCCCACAGCCCGGAGGGCCAAGUUGAGGGCGUGGACGGAGAGCUGGAACAGGCCAAAGAGGUACCCAGCGAGGAGGUGAAGGAAGCUUCCCCUCCUUCAGAGAACUGUGACCAGGAAGUGAUUGUCGAGUCUCUCAAGUCCAUUUCUAACAUCCUGCUACACAACGAGACAGGACAGGCUGUAGCAGCAGAUCUACAGCUAAUAAAAGGUGUGGCCGAGAGGCUAAAGCAGUGCCAUGAUCCAACCUGGAUCCAUGAGGUGCGUUUCUUUGACCUCCGGAUCACCUUCCUGUUGACUGCUCUGAAAAUGGAAGCCAGGGCGCAGCUGGUUCAGGAGCUUCACGGCCUCAGCCUGCUAGUCAACCAGUUGGAUGCCACACUGGGUGUGUGUUGGCCAGAUACAUUGGAGACAGCCAGGGCAGGGUUAGAGGAUGUCCCACCUGAACAACUGCCCCCUCUGAGCCGCCAGCAGACAGAACUGGCCAUGGAAAUACUGAAAAUACUGUUCAAUAUCACAUUUGACACAAACGGGCGCAAGGUCGAUGAGGAAGAGGCAGCACAGUACAGACAUCUGGGAGCCAUACUCAGACACUGCGGAGAGGAGCGGACUGAGGAGUUCCACAGUUACACUGUUCACUUGCUUGGUAACCUUCCUCUGCUCUGUUUGGAUGUCCUGUUAAUCCCCAAAGUGCAACAAGGUUCCGUUGAGUACAUGGGCGUCAACAUGGAUGCUGUCAGCAUGCUGCUGGGAUUCAUGGAGAAAACUCUUGACCGGGGACACAAGCUGAAGGACACCCUGAUCCCAUCACUGACCUUGCUGACGGAGAGUGCCCGAGUCCACAGAGAGACCAGAAAGUUCCUCAGGUUAAAGGUGCUGCCUCCGCUGCGUGAUGUGAAGAACAAGCCGGAGGUGGGCAGCGCUCUGAGGAACAAACUGGUGCGCAUCAUGACGUGCAUCGACACCGACGUCAAGGACUGUGCCGCCGAGUUCCUCUUUGUGCUCUGCAAAGAAAGUGUCUCCAGGUUCAUUAAGUACACCGGAUACGGCAAUGCUGCAGGUCUGCUGGCUGCCAGAGGACUGCUCCGGGGGGGCAGAGACUCUGGGAUCUACUCCGAGGAUGAGGAGUCGGACACCGAGGAGUACCGAGAGGCCAAGGCCCAUAUAAACCCGAUAACAGGAGUCGUAGAAGAAGAACAGCCCAACCCAAUGGAGGGGAUGACGGACGAACAGAAAGAACACGAAGCCAUGAAGCUGGUCUACAUGUUUGACAAACUGUCCAGGACUAACAUGGUCCAGCCCAUGCAGCUCGGUUUGGACGGGAAGAUGAGCGAGAUCUCUCCAGAGGAUCUGCACAAACUGGCCCACAAUCCUUUGUUCCGACCAGAGGAGCCAGUUAAUUCAGACAGUGAAGAAGAGGCUGAAUAAACACAUAAAUGUGUUCAGUCUAAUUUCUGUGAGGGAAGUUCGGUCUCAUUGUUUUAUGUAUUCCCGUCACGCGGUCCAACCUGUCACCGUUUGCUUGAUCGGAAGGUAUAUUAUGGAAAAUUGGGCUUUGUGAGUCACAGUGAAAAUAGAGCGUAUACUAAUAGGAGGCAGUUUAAAGCUUGUUUUGAUUUGUCCUGUCAACUACAAAUCACCAUUUAUCAAUGACUAGCAUUAGUUUAGUGUGUCUCGGUUCAGUUCACUAUCAAACCAACUUGUUGAGCACAGGAACAACACCACAGUGUUCAAACAGGAAGUUACACCUCUUUGCACGAGGACAUCAACGCUGCACUUUGGUUUUCAACACGUUGUUCUUCAACUCCAAUAAGCGUCACUCACCAGAGCCUCCUUCGAGUCAUCGACAAUGUGGUGGACUCUUAAGGUGUGUGUGUGUGUGUGUGUGUGUGUCACGUCUACUUCACAUGAGAGCAGAGGAAAGUGUGUGAAAGCUAGACAAUGAGCUUCAGUUUGUGACAAUGGAUGAAGUGUAUUUUUGGAUUCUAGAUGCCUGUUGUUAUACAUACAGAUGUUUUACUUUUAGAAGUAAAAUUAACCUGUAGCUCUUUAACACUCCAUGACAUCAUUCACACCCAUUCAUACACUGAUGGGAGGAGCUACGGUUCCACCUGCCCAUCAGCAGUAACUAACAUUCACACACACUACGGGAGCAAUUUUGAAAAUAGUGAAUUGUGAAACUGCAGACAGAUUAGUUAGAAUUCAGUACAAAGGCAAUCAGUUUAUGCAAAGAGAAGCUGAAACAUGCUAUGUUAAAUAUAUAUAUUCUUCUAUAUUGUUCUUGUUUAGCUAUCAGCUCUAUCGUGGAGUAUAAUGUAUAUUAAAUGUGUUUAAAUGCCA